UUCCAACUUCAAUUUUCGUCCAAAUGCAGAACAUCAUCCUUUUUCAAACACGGCAUGUCACGCAUAUCUGCAAAUGAUUGUGUCCAUCGCCGAGCUGGCCAUGUGACAUGGUUUUACCGCGAUCAAUUGCUUGUCUGGGGAGGAUUUUUUGAACGAUUAGACAGGAAACCACUUCUUCCCAACUCGAUUCCGACAAACGGAAAUGACUUCCAUACGAAUGCACAAAUCUAUGCAAUGGAUAUGGAUAGUCUGUCUUGGAAGUGGGUGACCUGCACUGGAGACAUUCCACCCCGGUCUUUCUGUAGCGCCAGUUGCGUCGUGGACCAUUUGAUCUAUGUUUAUGGAGGCUACUACGGGUAUGAGGAUGACUACUAUUAUGAGGACGGAUCUGGAGAUCAGUUAUUCUGCUUGGAUUUGGAUACAUUUCGUUGGAGGAAACUUCCGAGGAGUGCACAUCAUCCUCUAGGUGUGGAAAAAUCGAGCCUUGUUCAUUGUCAAGAUAUUCUGUAUUUGUACGGAGGUUAUGGAGAGGCUCCAAAAACCAAUAAAUUCUACCCAGGAGAAAUUAGGUUUGACCUUGACCCUGCAGCGGAGUGGAGCUGGCAACGAGGUUGGUUUGGGAAUCUUUGGAUUUUUUCCCUGCACACGGAAACGUGGAAUUGGUGCAAUGUGAAAGGGAAUGUUCCAAGGCCUCGAGCAGGCCAUUCUUUGGUUGUACACGGCGAGAGAGCAUUUGUUUUUGGAGGGCGCACGUCGUCCGGACGAUCCAAUGAACUCUUUGCACUGGAUUUGAGACUCCAAUCUUGGUGCAAAAUUUCGGAAGGAUCAACCUCAAUGCCUGAACCUCGAUCAGCUUUCUCCUUUUGCAAAUACAAUUCUCACCAAGCAUUUCUGUACGGAGGCAUGGGAAACCUUUGCACUCCGUUAAAUGACGCUUGGAUAUUCAACUUUUUGAACCUGACUUGGACCGAGGUUCCCCUCUCCUACGAUCAUGGCCAAAUCAGAUGCUACCAAGGCAGUGUUAGCACUUCUGAGAGCGAGGUCAUAAUCCAUUCCGGUCUAACACAAGAAUACUACCUGAAUCGAAUCCAAUUGGACCAACACCCACAAAGAACCCUUUUGAAAUUUAAAUUGGGAGUACCUAAACUGUCCAUCAUUUCCGCUGAUCACAUUAUAAAGGCCAAACUGGCCUUCGAGGAUCUCCCAACAGAGUUAAGAGUGAUGCUCCAAAAGCGCCGUCUAAAUGGCGACAUUGACUACGGCGACAUAGACCAAUUUGACGAAGAACAGUUUGAUCGAACCACAAUUCAUGCAGGCAUAUGA